UGUCGAGGAACUUAACUUUCACCUUCUGGCUUCACCUCGACCAAGGGGGUGGCACUUGCGCUAUUGAUGGAUUGCGGUGUUCACGGCGUAUCCACGGACUGUGGGCAUGAACUAAGUAUUGGUAGACUACUCAACGAGCGGCUGAUAGCCGCUAUUCUACCAUCAGGUAGGUGCCAACGUUAAACGUUCAUAUGACUUUCGAUCUCCAUGACGAGGUCAGUUAUGUGGAUUACUUGCUACAUUCCCCUCUCCAGGGCCAGGAACGUCCGUCGAUGUCUCUGUCGCCUGAGCUAACGGGAAAGCUCGUUGCAUUGGGGGUCAUACUCGAGGAUAAAGGUUAUCCCGCGCUGAAGUCUCUCGAUUUCGAUCUUGAGAGCCCUCUUCAAUUGGAGGGGAAGGAUCCCAGUCCGGGUGCGGGUUCCUUGCUUCAAAGAUUGAAUAUUGAAUUGCCGCAGUGUUUGAGUCCACCUUUCAUUUCUGGUUUCACCCUUUUGGUAAAGUGAAGGUCCGAAAGAAUCAACUGCGAUGAGUCCCUCGAGUCAGCUGAAUGACAUUUUUAGAGACAAAUGAUAUCGGGCACCGAAGGGUUGCCGGGGUCUUUGCUACUGAGCGUCGUUCGGAGCGAAAUCUUUAGUUCAUGGGCCAAUUACUAGGCAUUCUAAUUCUGCCGGAGUUUUUGAAGAAUAUCUAUAUUAUAUGGCAAUAAUCGAACAACAGAAGCGAG